UCAUCACUGUAGGUUGUUAUUAUAACACUCAAGUAAAACUUUUAGAGCAAGAGAAAUCGGCUCUAAAACUUCAUGUAUUCUAUUUCUCUUCCAUUGAAUGAACAGGUGUUAGAGCUAGACUCUUAUAAUAAUUAUCUUAAUUAUCAGAAGAAAUCAUGACUAAUGAUGCCAUUACCACCUCCAUCUAUAUAAUGUAAGAGGAACUAAAUGGCACUCUAAGAAGACUUUAAUUAAGUAACAUGGUUGUGGGAUAGCAGUUAUAGCAAACUAGUGUUCGUUAUUUUCUUUGUAGUCGAUAUAUUUUACUUUGAAGAAAAGUUUAACCAAAAAUCGAAAAAAGUAUACUCGCCACCAGAGAAUUAAUAAGCCGUUUAGGUAUCUAUGAGAUAAAUUUAUAGCCUAAUCGUUGGUGAAAUUACAAGUUUGUUUGAUGUCUCUAAAAGUUAUUUCCGGCAAAAAAGAGUCGAUUAUUAGCUAAUAUCCCAAUAAGUACUAUUGUAAAUCAUCUUGGUAAGGCUAUUCUGGAGUGGCUUGGGACAUAAAGAACAUCAGAAUUGAUUUGAUCGAGGAUCUGAGCCUCUUAUUUAGCAUACUUUUGCAAGAGUCCCAAUAUGAUUGCCAGUUUUGAUUAGUCUGAAAAAAUUGUUUGCUAUAAAAUAAUGAAGUUAUUUGCUUACUUUGAACCCAAGAAAUAUGGAAAAUAAUAGGCUAGUUAUUUUGACUGUUAUCGCAGGCUCCUACUCAAGUCCCUCUUUCAGAAAAUCUCAAUAAAAACCUUUGGUUGCAUUUUUCUAGAGCCAUAAAGAAGAAUUUUAAAUAACUACAAUAUUUUCCAAUAAGCUUAAGCUAAAAAGAUGCUUCAUCAUAAAAAGAACAAGAGAUCCCUCAGUUGACAUCUGACAAAUAAUUUCUCCUUGCUAGCAGCUGAGUUUGAACAUCUGCAUAAUUCAAGUAUGAAAUCCCAAAAACAACUAAUGUAUAUCUCAGAGAAUUCCACUCUAACGAUCAACUUUAAAGGCGUAAUAGAGCAGUUAGAGAAGACUUAUUGAGUCUGUCCUUUAAUCCACAACUCUGAUAGAAGGGCUAUGAAAUAUUGACCACACGAAGAUCAAAGUUCCUCGUUGCCUUCACCCAGCUUGAAGAACUUGUACAACUUAGGCGGAGAAAAUCUAAGAAAAAGAGACUUAAGGCUUCCUGCUAAGUAUGAUAUAAAUUCACCGGAAAAAGAAACAAAAAUAGUUUUAAUACAUCUUGACAAAAUCCAUUCUUUAUCUGAAAAGAAUGAAGAUGAUUUAGCUGAAGUUAAAGUUGUUAAGCAAAGGAGAAAUCGUUCAUGGAGGCUUGAUAUUACAGAUAGGCUUCCUAUAAUUCGCAAUAUUAUUCUCAGUAACCCUAUUGGUUCAUUCAAACGUGCAAUUAAAAAGACGAGGUAUACUAAAGACAAGUACCUUGGAAGGAGGUCCAAGUACAUUGGAAUUACUAAAAACAACAUUCAUUGGCAAGCCUUGAUCAAUGUGAAUCAUGAGAAGAAGUACAUAGGCACUUUUAUAGAUGAGAUAGAAGCAGCAAAGACUUACGACUUGCAUGCAAUAGCAAUGCAGGGGAAAAGAGCACGUUUGAACUUUAGCUACACACCUGAAGAAAUUGUGAGCAUGAUUGAUCACUAUCUUAUUCACAGACGUAUAAACCUCCAUGAGGACAUCUAAUAACAUCUACUAUUGACUAAUAGAACUCUAUUUAUAUCUUUCUUGGCUUAAAACUCC